AUGGACGCACAAUUAAAACAAGAUUUGGUUGAUCUAACAAAAGCAAUAUUAGCAACCUUCACUGCAGAAUAUACUAAGGCCUACACUGUUGCUCUUACAGCAAAAUGUGUUAAAGAUGCCAAGAAACCACCAUCACCCUAUUUAUUGAGUGUCCGCGAGAAACCACUAACAGGAGAUAGACAUUCCGGAUUUUUGACAAAAGAAGGAGCAGUCAGAAAGUCAUUAAAACGUAGAUAUUUCAUUGUCAGACAAGAUUAUUCCAUUGAUUAUUAUGAAAGUGAAAAUAAUCUUACAAAGAAAAAGGGUACAAUUACUCUUGCAGGAUAUAAAGUUGAAACUGAUCCAAAUAAAUCGAUCCUUGGUAGACUUACAAAGUUGGCAGAGAAAAUGAAGAUGGAUGUCUCGGCAAUUCCAAAACCAAAGGAGUAUCCACCAUUCACCAUUGAGUUGUUGCAUGAGUAUCGUCGUAUCUAUUAUUUGACCGCCGACAACAAGGAGCAGUUCGAUGAGUGGACUGAGGUUCUAAAGACAUGCGUUCGUCAUGCUCAAGGUUUCAAGAAUCCAGAUGCCGUCCACCAAAAGGCAUUUGGAGUGGCCGUUAGAAAUACUCGUUGGAGUCUUGGUCGUUGGGGUUGGUUUGGCUGGGGAGGAUCGGAAGUACAGGUGUUGGCCGACGUCAUCUCUGACGAGGUGGAGUACGACAUUCUGAAUCGUGCUCUCUACAAGCUCCCUUCUGCUCCAUGGUUUAUUCGUAAUUUCUUGCGUACCCAAAUGAUGAAAGUCAUCAUUGGAACCGUUACUAGUGCUGUCAAUCCAGCCUGGAUAGCAAUGGAUAAAACAGUAACAGGUGUUCGUCCAACUGCUGAAGGCAAGAUUCGUGAGGAGAUCGAUCCAAUUGCCAAAUUACAACAAGAGAUGCUCGACAAAAUGAAGGAUCAAUUGAUUUCCGUCAUUGAACCAGUUGUUCGUGAGCAAGUAAGUCCACAUCUCUCAACCAUCUUGGGUGACGAAGUUAAAAAGCCACUCGAAAAGUCAUUCGUCGCAGUAGUUCAAAUCUGGAAUGAACAGUCCGCAAAGUACAAUGGCGAUGGCAGUGACAAGUCGUUUACAGAUCUCAGAAAGUAUCCACAGUAUUUCUCACCGAUGAGAUCGGCACACGAUCCAAUCAACGAGCUCUACCCAUUCCUCCAGACUUUGUACCCGGUGUUCGAUGGUUUCUGGGCAUCGACCAUUGUCUAUGGAAUUCGUGGAGAGUUGAAUCAAAUCUCUGAGAAUGCAGUCUACACCUUUGAGAAGGAGAUCACCGAAUCAUCGAACGACGGUGCCGUCAUCAACAUUGACAGUGCACGUCAAUCGAUUCUAUCCAAGUUGGAGCACGACGCCAAAAUCCUAUAUAGAGAUCAACUCCACUUCACAGUUAGAUCUAUCGUCAAGCCAACACUAAUGAAAAUCCUCAAUCCACUCACCAAACCAAUUCUUUCAAACCUUCAAUCAAUGAUUCCAGCUGCACUCAAAGACUUUUUCGACAUGAACGAAAUGUUCCACCAAAUUUUAGACGGUGUUUUAGAUAAUACUACCGAUACUGUAUUAGAAAAUUAA